UGUAGGCUGUGCACAACCAUGUCCGGUUGGCAAGUGAAAUCAUUUCGAGCUCAUUCAGGAGACGGGAGCAAUUCGGCACAACUGAAGACUGAUGCUGGAGCUGGCGCUCUCACUGGGGACUUUCUUGGAUGGUUAAGAGGUUUAUUUGAAAACGACCACUGGAGGUCUCUGUCUCACAAGACCAAAGCAAGGUUGAAGGCAGAGGGCCGAAUGUGAAACGGAGUGGAAUUCACAUCGUGCCCAAACUGCUUGCGAGCAGCAGUAGUGACAGUUGGACGUCGAUGUUUGGAGGCGGUGUUCGCUGUAUGAACUAAGACUUUGAGUAGGCCUACGGCUGUAUUGUAAUUGUUGAUUGAAAUGGCAAACACAACCGAAGUGGUGAGAUACCAAAGUCGGUGUUCUGUGUUAAAGUGAUCUCGUAUGGUUUAAGUUCCUGCCCUUCUACUGCUGCCGAACUGAAAACAAUCUCCGUUCGCACAGCGUCGUCCUGGAUGACCAUGGCCACGGCAUCAGACGCAAACCGACGGGCACUGUUGGAGCUUCUGGACAGAGAAGGGAAUGGAAAGUGUGUGGAUUGCGGCGUGGCAGAUCCGGAGUGGGCGUCCUCCACGCUGGGCGUGUUUGUGUGCCAGAGCUGCUCGGGGCUGCACCGCAACAUCCCCCAGAUCAGCCGCGUCAAGUCCAUACUCAUGGACCCCUGGGAGGCCGAGGAAGUCAAGUUCAUCGCCUCCACUGGAAACAAUGCAGCUGUUGCUAAAUACGAACAGAAGACCCCUCCUUUCUACUACAAACCCACUAACACGGACUGCAGGCUGCUCCGGGAACAGUGGAUCAAAGCCAAGUACGAGAGGAACGAGUUUAUGUUUGUGGAGAGACAGGAGCCCUACUCAGCAGGGUACAGGGAGGGGGCUCUGUGGAAACGAGGUCGAGACAACGGCCAGUUUCUGAGUCGCAGAUUCAUCCUGUCGGAGCGCGAGGGAGUCCUGAAGUACUUCAACAAACAUGACGCCCGGGAGCCUAAAGCGGUGAUGAGGAUCCAGAGUCUGAACGCUUCGUUCCAGCCGGAGAAGAUUGGCCAAGCCCACGGGCUGCAGAUCACCUACCUCAAGGACAACAGCACUAGGAACAUCUUCGUCUACCAUGAGGACGGAAAGGAAAUGGUGGACUGGUUUAAUGCCAUCAGAGCUGCACGCUUUCAUUACCUCCAGGUAGCCUAUCCUGUGGCUCAGGACACUGACCUGGUGUCUAAACUGACACGGAGCUACAUUAGGGAAGGCUACAUGGAGAAGACUGGACCUAAGCACACAGAGGGCUUUAAGAAGCGCUGGUUCACGAUGGACGACAGACGACUCAUGUACUUCAAGGAACCACUGGAUGCGUAUGCCCGUGGCGAGGUCUUCAUCGGCAGCAAGGAGAACAGCUACACCAUCCUGCCCGGCCUGCCGCCCUCCAUCCAGGGCAACCAUUGGCCGUUUGGCAUCACCAUAGUAACCCCGGACAGGAAGUUUCUGUUUGCGUGCCAGUCCGAGGCGGAUCAGCAAGGAUGGAUUGCAGCGCUUCAGAAAGUUGUUAAUCGGCCAAUGUUACCACAAGAGUACGCAGUGGAGGCGCACUUCAAGCAUAAGCCCUGAGGGUGGCGCUGUUUGUCCAUGUCGGAAGAUCGAUGCUUGAACAAGAGAGCAGAGGGGGAGUGCAGCAGGCUUCAGCAUCGGACGAUGGAUGCCCACGAGCGAGCGAGUGAGAGAGAGAGGGGCCAUGUAGACUGGCCUCAGAGACCUUCGCAGAGAAAGAAGAUGCUUUGGUGGAUUUGAGUGACAGGAUGGAUAUUUCUUCAUGGAUUUGUUGCACAUGCACUGUAGAAGGGCCCCAGUAACUCUUACAAACACCGGCACAGAUACAAACUUACACACAGACACAGACACACAGACACACAGACACACACACACACACACACACACACACACACACACACACACACACACACACACACACACACACACAGAGAAACAACAAAUAGACAAAAACACAUCAAACCCAUCCCAAGUCUCAAUCCUAUCUGAUAUUCAUGGUGAGAUUGACACAUUCUUUCACAGACAUACUCACGUACUGUACUGUACAUCCACAUCCACUCAUACUGCAUCCACUGAGACUUGAGAGUAGACUGCACGGAGAUGAAUGCAAAUCAUUGGAGACGGACGAUCAGAAACAAACAUCUUGAUUUGAUCUGAUCUGAUAGGCAUGCACCCAAGGCAGGUACAAUAUUAAGAAAACCUCAGUGUGGCCAGAGAGAGUAGAGAGAGAGAGGUUCCAUUGGCCCAUUGUUUCCGGGUUCUAUUAUUGGGGGGAAAAUCCCCCUUUAGGCAGACCUAGGCAGACCUGAGGACUGUUCUAUU